UCCUGUUGGCGAACACAAUCCGGACCAGAAGUCAGAAAGUCAAAUUUCACCACGGGGGCUAAGGAAGAAGGGUAGCGUUAUCCGGUUAUACUUUGGUCUUCUUUCAUUCCUCCUCUGUUAAGAAGUAUACACAGACUAUGUAAUCCGUUAAGGAUUAAAGUGGUUUAGCAUUAAAAGGGGUUUAAUUGGACUUGAGGACUUGUUGGCUCCUUUGUCCGGCUUUUUUACGCGCCGUGCCAGCGCAGCUGUUUGCGCACCUGAGUCCGCUGCUCAGCUUGUGCAGCGUCAACAUGACUUUACAGCAUUUGAGCCACUAAACUAUCAUGGUGAUACUAUUUUCUGGCGACGGAGCUGAUGAGGCGAACCUUGGUGAAUGCGCAGUGUUUCACUGUGGAAUAACCAGAGUCCAGGUGUCACCAGGGGAGAGCCGAUGUGGCCGUCUGGAGCAGCCAGCUGGGAUUUGACAGAGCGCAGGAGUUUGGGAUGCAAGAGAACCCUUAGAGAGACAGUUCUCGGCUUCUUUUACCUGGAUUCAACACGGCCUGCCCCGAGCCAUGGCCUCUGAAGUAGUGUGCGGGUUGGUCUUCAGGUUACUGCUCCCAGUAUGUCUUGCAGCUGCUUGCCUGUUCAGGUACAAUGUCCUGUCCUUCGUCUACCUCAUCUAUCUCCUGCUUAUUCCACUCUUCCCAGAGCCUACAAGCACAACAAUGCAAGGCCACACAGGGCGUCUCCUCCAGUCGCUCUGCUUCACCAGUAUGUCCUUCCUGCUACUCCACAUCAUCUAUCAGAUUACCAUCCACAGCCUCGUGGCCGGGAACUCCAUCGCCUCCAACUUCAACUGUUCCUCAUGGGAGAAAUCCAUAAGACAAAUUGGCUUUGAAAGCGUGAGAGGUGCAGAUGCGGGGAAUGGCAUCCGAGUGUUCAUCCCCGAUAUCGGCAUGUUUAUGGUCGGCUUGGGCAUCUGGCUGCUGUGUCGCAGUCUGGUCCAGAAGAGGCCGCCUGAGGACAUGGCACAGUACAAUGAAGACUUCCAAUCAGAGGAACAGGAGGAAGACGAGAAGCUAAGCCUGGAGGACAACGUCCUGUUGGAGGAAGACUAUGAAGCAGGGUACGAGGCUGAGGAGGACGAGGAAGAUGAUGUGCUGGAGGAUGAAGAGGAGGAGGAAGAGGAGGAGGAAGAGGAGGCAAAAGAGAGCACAAAGAUGAAGAUUCUGCGGAUGGUGGCAGAAGUUGCUUCCAAAGUGAAGGAGAUCAUCGGGAAUUUGAUAACCACUGCAGGAAAAGUGGUGAUCACCAUCUUGUUGUGCGUAACAGGAAUCACGCUGCCCUCGUUGACCUCAGCUGUUUACUUCUUCACCUUCCUCUUCCUGUGCACCUGGUGGUCCCUGCGCCGGACCUUGAGCACGCUGAUGUUCAGCUGCAUGUGUGUUCUGAUGGCCAUCUUCAGCGCCGGACAUCUGAUCGUCCUCUACCUCUACCAGUUCCAGUUCUUUCAGGAGUCCGUCUUGACCAAUGACGGCUACAUCAGUGUGUUUGGCAUCUCCCCCAUUGUCCAGAGCAACUGCUCCUGCACGUGGAAGCUCACUGUGCACCCGCGGCGUAAGUGGUACCACUUUGUCAGUCCCAUCAUGCUGCUGAUCCUCUAUUACACCCUGGCUACUCUCAUCCGCCUCUGGCUGCAGGAGCCCAUCGACCAGCUGAUGGACGACAAGGACGAUGAUGUGUGCGAGGAGGAGGAGCUGGGCAAAUCAUUUAUCUCAGCCAACAGGAAGCGGCUGCUGUGGUGGGGAUCACGCCAGGGCACAGACGAGAAAAACCUCCUCUCCACCCAGGAUGGAAUCAGUACAACAGAGGCUGUGCCCACUUCAAACGGGACCUCCUUUGAGUUUGCCGUGACUGAGAAUGGACCAGUCUGUCGGGACUUGUACUCAACCCCUCAGUACAAAAUGGACCAGCCCAGUGAUGGCACAGAGAAGAAAGAAGAGUGUGUGUAUGAAGUGUGUUUGCCCCCGGAGGAGUCAUCUGUGAAGGAGACCGAGAGUGAAGAGAAUAUAAUAAAGAAAAAAGGAGUCGGUGCGAUGGUCAAAAUCUUCCACUUCAUCAUGAAACAAAGCUACAUCGGUGCUCUCAUAUCCAUGAUGGCGUGGAGCAUCACAUACGUCAGCUGGCUGACGUUCGUCUUCCUCAUCUGGUCCUGCCUGCUGUGGAUGGUCCGUGAUCGGAGGCGCUACGCCAUGCUGUCGUCUCCCUUCAUGGUGGCCUACGGCAACCUGCUGAUAGUUCUGCAGUACAUUUGGACUUUUCCGGACAUGGAUUACAGCAAAGUCAAAGGCUUCUUUGUUGAGAAGAAAAACCCAUUCCACUCACUUUCAUCUAAGGUCCUUUGUAUGCUGACCUUCUGGUUACUGCUGAGACAGACGCUUACAGAGAGACAAGAAAAACAAAAGGAAGACAGCACUGGUCUCUUAGACGUUCAUGUAGAGGAUCAGAAGAAGCAGGAGGAAGAGGAGUCUGAGGAGGGAGGGGAACAGGACCUCAUGCACGUCCUUGGUAACAUGGUGAUGGCUCUGAUGGUCAAAUAUUGGAUCUACAUCUGCGGUAGCAUGUUCUUCAUCGUCACCUUUGAGGGACGUAUCGUCAUGUACAAGAUCAUCUACAUGAUGAUGUUCCUCUCCUGUGUGGCGCUAUACCAGGUGCACUACGAGUGGUGGCGAAGGAUCCUGAAGUACUUCUGGAUGUCGGUGGUUAUGUACACCAUGCUGGUUCUUACAGUUGUCUACACCUUCCAGUUUCCCGAGUCAAUACACACCUGGGGUAACAUGACAGGCCUGGAUAAAAAAGGUCUGGAAGCCCUGGGCUUGAAGCAGUUCGAGCUGGGCGAGCUGUUCAUCAGGAUUUUCAUUCCCACGUCCUUCUUGCUGGCGUGUAUUCUCCACCUGCACUAUUUCCAUGACCGCUUUCUCCAGCUCACUGACCUCCAGGCUGUAGUGGCUAAAGAAGAGAGCACUAUCUACAGCCACGCCAAAGUCAAUGGGCGUGUCUAUUUAAUCAUGAAUAGCAUCAAAGAAAAAAUUCCCACUCCACAGAGCAAACUGGUGGACCCAGAUGGCAGCCUGCCAGACCUCAGCAUGCUCAGUGCCAGCUCGGUGGACGCGAUGCUUCUCAGAGAGGAAUGUGAAACACAUGUAAAGCAGAACAUGCAGGAGGGUUGGGAUACGGAGAAAGAGAAGGAGCAGGCCCUGGUGGUGGUGAUGGAUGACACUGACAUGACUAAUGAGAAGCCCGGGAGCUUGUCUGACCCACGGCAGUCCAGCACAGAGGAGAGCCAACAGUGCAGUGCGAAGACUGAGCCGGAGCCGAGCACAGAGCAGAGCUCAGACCUGAAGAAUAAAUGGCACCUUGUGGUUGACCGUCUGACAGUGCUCUUCCUCAAGUUCCUGGAGUAUUUCCACAAACUGCAGUUGUUCAUUUGGUGGUUACUGGAGAUCCAUAUCAUCAAGAUCGUUUCCUGCUACGUUGUCAUGGUUGCUAUCAAAGAGGUGUCUUUGUUCAACUAUGUGUUCCUUGCAUCCUGGGCGUUUGCACUGCCGUACAGCCAGUACCGGCCCCUUGCCUCUAGUGUUUGCACUGUCUGGACGUGUGUCAUCAUUGUAUGUAAAAUGUUGUACCAGCUGGACUUAAUAGAUCCCAGCAAGUACUCCAAGAACUGCACUUUGUUAUGCAGAAACUCAACAAAUAAGAGUUUAAUGUUACCAGAAUCUUUGUUGUAUGACGGAAGAGUGGAUCCAGCCAACUGGGUGGGCCUCAGGAAGUAUGACGACCUGCUGGGCUACCUGAGGAACAACUUCUGGAUGCUGGCUCUGUUAGCAUUGGAGGUAACCAUCUACCGCCAUCAGAAAUACUUCAGACUGAGGAACAAAUUGUCACCUCCCGCUGCCAGGAUUAUCUUUCAUGACAUCACACGACAGCACCUGGACAUCAACAUUGUCUGCUUCAUCAAAUACUUCAUCAACUAUUUCUUCUACAAGUUUGGACUUGAGACUUGCCUGCUGUUGGUCGUCAACGUCAUAGGGCAGCGUAUGGACUUCUAUGCCAUGCUUCAUGCGUUUGCCUUAAUAGCGGUGCUGUACAGACGUAGAAGGAAAGCCAUUGCUGAGAUUUGGCCCAAGUACUGCUGCUUUCUGGCAUGCAUGCUUACUGUUCAGUACUUCGUCUGCAUCGGGAUCCCACCUGCAGCCUGUAAAGGUUAUCCCUGGACAGAAAAUGACAACGUGGUCAAGUGGCUCUAUAUUCCAGAUUUCCGCAGCAGGCCCAAUCCUUUAUUCCUCAUCUAUGACUUCAUGUUGCUCCUCUGCGCCUCCCUCCAGAGGCAGGUCUUUGACGAUGAGAACAAGGCAGCUGUCCGCCUCAUGGCCGGUGACAAUGUAGAGAUCUGCAGAGACCUGGAUGCAGCUUCCUUCAGCGUCCACAACCCUGUGCCCGACUUUAUCCACUGCAGGUCCUACCUGGACAUGCUAAAAGUGAUCAUGUUCAGCUACCUUUUCUGGUUUGUCCUCACUAUCAUCUUCAUCACUGGAACCACACGUAUCAGCGUCUUCUGUAUGGGUUACUUGGUGGCCUGCUUCUACUUCCUGCUCUUUGGUGGAGACCUGUUGCUGAAGCCAAUCAGAAAGAUCCUCCACUACUGGGACUUCCUGAUUGCCUACAACAUCUUUGUGAUUACUAUGAAAAACAUUUUAUCUAUCCUGGCUUGUGGGUACAUCAACCAACUGCUACAGGACCACUGCUGGUUAAUCCAGGUGUUCAGUCUGGCAUGCACCAUCAAGGGCUACGACAUAAAUACAAAUGCUAAGGAUAUUUGUGAGGUGCCAAGCAAUGAGGCCGGCAUCAUCUGGGACAGUAUCUGCUUUGCUUUCCUGCUCUUGCAGAGACGAGUCUUCAUGAGUUACUACUUUCUACAUGUGGUGGCAGAUAUCAGAGCAUCACAGAUCCUCGCUUCCAGAGGUGCAGAGCUUUUCCAAGCAACUAUAGUGAAGGCAGUGAGAGCCAGACUGGAGGAGGAGCGCAAGUCCGUGGAGCAGCUGAAGAGACAGAUGGAGCGCAUUAAGUUGAGGCAGCAAAAGUUUAAGCGGGGCAAGGAGAAGAUGCUGAGCCUGGCUCAACAUUCUGGAGAUGGACAGACGAUAGUCCCGCCCGAAGAGGAUGAUGAUGAUGGAGCACAGCCAACGAAAGCCAAGACCAAAAAAAAGCAGUGGUGGAGGCCGUGGGUUGACCAUGCUUCCAUGGUUAGAAGUGGAGACUACUACUUGUUUGAAACUGACAGUGAAGAAGAAGCAGAGGAGGAAGAAGAGAAAAAAGAUGACGAUCCACCAAAGAAGUCAGCAUUUCAGAGAGCUAUUGGGAAGUUUGUCUCCGCUCUUCUGGCUUUACCCAAAUCUGUCAUUAAGCUGCCUAAAACUGUGCUGCAGUAUGUAGUGAAGGCAGGCAAGUAUAUGUAUCAAACCUGGAUCACAGACCCCAAAGCUGCUCUCAGGGCGCGAGGCAAAGCGAAGCGCAAAUUUUGGAAGAGAUACACGAAAGGAGUUAGACACAGAAAAAGCAAGAAAGAUGCAGGUCGCGUGACCAUCGACCUUGGCGAGCUGUCUGAUGGGCAAGAAAAAGACGAUGAGAACAAGAAAUCUGGUGGCCCAGACAACAUCAUCAAACGAGUGUUCAACAUCAUCAAGGUCACUUGGAUGCUCUUCCAGACGACGGUGGAAAGCUUCACUAAAUGGAUGAAUGAAAUGUGCAGAGAGUACAUUGACAUCUCCACUGUGCUGCGUUUAGAGCGCUGCAUGCUGACUCGAGAGGUCAAGAAGGGUAACGUGCCAUCCAGAGAGAGCAUCCAUGUUUAUUACCACAAGGCCAUGAGGCUUAACAUGUCCAGACAGGCAAGCAUGGAUGUGCUGAGCGAGGACGACUCAGUCUCGGGCUCCAUCGGGGUCCCCAGAAGGCGAGGAGGUCACCGGAUGGAGAGCCAGGAGUCCACGGCCUCCAGAGAGAGCAUGUCCAGUGGCUGCACUGACGCCACCACACUGUUUUCUCGUCAAUCCACCUUGGAAGACUUGGAUGCAAUGCCAGAGUGCAUUCCCAAAACCAGUGAGCGUGCCAGGCCCAAACUUAAAAGAUCACCUAGGCUGGAUAUGUCCAGCUCAUCAGUGGACAGCGGCAGCAGCUUCAUAUCCAGUGAGCCAACCCAGUGUGUCAUAAUUUACUCUAGACAGGGAACUACUGAUACCAUAGAAGAAGUGGAGGAUGAGCACGAUCAAGUGGAAGACAAGCAGCAGGUUCCCUGGGAAUCUCAACAGUUUGAUGAGAUUGGGGAGGCUGAGGGUGUGGCAUUGAGUGAUGGAGAGCCCAGGGAGAAAGAAAAAAAAGAAGAGGAAGAAGAGGUGGUGGAGGAAGGGCAGAAGGGAUUAGAGGGUGAAGAAGGACUACAGGAACAGCAGGACCAGGAGCGAGAGGAGGCUCCCUGGGAGUCUUUUGGUCCAGACGAGGGCCCCUCCUUAAGAGUGGAAGAGUUACACGCUUCUCCUUCUGCCCAGGAGAAAGAGUUCAUCACUGAGAGUGAAGAUGGUGCAGGACAGCAGGACCUCAUGCCUACGGAGGGUCAAACAGAGCUGCUCUACACUCCAGAUACAGAUGCCUCUAAAACAUCUGAUGCGGAUGUGCCUCCCAGCUACAGCAAGGCAGUCAGCUUUGACCGCUUGGAAGUUAGUGACGAUGAGAGUGACACAGAUAGGAAGAGGUGCAUGGUCAUGACCUCAGACAGCCGCUCAGACAGCAGGUCGGACAUCAUGUUGCCCUCUAUGACUACUGAACUGACGGCCAGUGAACUGUUGCUCAACAAGAUGUUUUAUGACGAGGAGCUGGAGCAGUCAGAUAAAUUCUACCAAAACCAGCCUCUGUUCCUCCAGCUUUGCUACGCCCUCUACAACAUGCUGGUGGCUCACUCAGAGUUGGUGUGCUACCUGGUCAUCAUCAUAAACCACUUGGUGUCAGCCUCUUGUGUUACACUGGUCCUUCCCAUUACCAUCUUUCUCUGGGCAAUGUUGUCUGUUCCACGGCCCAGCAAGCGCUACUGGAUGACUGUCAUCAUCUAUACUGAGGUCACCAUCGUCAUCAAAUACUUCUUCCAGUUUGGCUUCUUCCCGUUCCACUCGAGCGUAGACAAGAACAAACCUCUUCACCCUCCCAACAUCAUUGGUGUGGAGAAGAAAGACGGUUACGUCCACUACGACCUGGUCCAGUUACUGGCUCUCUUCUUUCACAGGUCCAUCCUGAAGUGCCAUGGUCUGUGGGAUGAGGAUGACCCCAAGGUAAAGAAAGAGGCACCUUGUCAGUCUGAAGAAGUCAGAAGUCAGUCUGAGUCUGAAGACGAGAGAAAAGACGAGGAGAGUGAGAAGGAGUCGGAACCGGGCUCGUCACUAAACAGUGAAAGGAGAGGCUCCAAUCAGACCCUGAGGUCCAUAAACUUCGGGACCUCCAUAGAUUCAGGACACGUUCAGGUGCCCUACUCGCAGCAGCAGCAGCAGACCUACCAGCGGCGCAAGAGCUCCAGUGGAGGCUCACACAUUUCUCAUCCAUCUCUUCACUCUUCUGCAAGAUCUAAGAGAGGAAGUACAGCUUCUCGCAACAGCAGCCGCAAGAGCGGCAGCGAGGCCAGCGUCCAUCAGAAGACCCGCAAACAGAUGAUCAUAGAGAAACUGAGGGAGCAGCUCUUCAAAGCAAAAGCUUUCAUCAUAAAGCGGGUUUUGGGUAUCUAUCUUCCCAUGAGGCAGUUUUUCUAUAACUUGAUUCAUCCAGAGUACAGCGCAGUCACCGACGUCUAUGUGCUGAUGUUCCUCGCUGACACGGUUGACUUCAUCAUCAUCGUGUUUGGAUUCUGGGCAUUUGGUAAACACUCAGCGGCGGACAUCACAUCAUCGCUGUCAGAGGAUCAGGUCCCGGGAGCUUUUCUCGUCAUGGUGUUGAUCCAGUUUGGCACCAUGGUGGUGGACCGGGCCCUCUACCUCCGAAAGUCUGUUAUGGGCAAGGUUAUCUUCCAGGUCAUUCUGGUCUUUGGCAUCCACUUCUGGAUGUUCUUCAUCCUGCCAAAGGUCACAGACAAACGUUUCAGUGAGAACACAGUCGCUCAGAUGUGGUAUUUUGUCAAGUGCAUCUACUUCGGGCUGUCAGCCUAUCAGAUCCGCUGUGGUUAUCCCACCCGUGUUCUGGGAAACUUCCUCACAAAGAGCUACAAUUAUGUCAACCUCUUCCUGUUCCAGGGUUUCCGUCUAGUACCUUUCCUGACGGAGCUCCGAGCCGUGAUGGACUGGGUUUGGACCGACACUUCGCUGUCUCUGUCCAGCUGGAUCUGUGUGGAGGACAUCUACGCUCACAUCUUUAUCCUGAAAUGCUGGAGAGAGUCAGAGAAGAGGUAUCCCCAGCCACGAGGCCAGAAGAAGAAGAAAGUGGUGAAGUAUGGGAUGGGAGGAAUGAUUGUGGUGCUGCUGAUCUGUAUAGUAUGGUUUCCGCUGCUCUUCAUGUCCCUCGUGAAAUCUGUAGCUGGAGUCGUCAACACUCCGCUGGAUGUCUCAUUUGAAAUCACACUGGCAGGCUUUCAGCCCAUCUUCACCAUGAGCGCGCAGCAAAAGCAACUGUGGCAUGUGACGGAAAAGGAAUUUCGUAACUUUGUAGAAUAUUAUAAGAAGAAAGAUGACGCCAUGCAGUGGCUGGAGAGCUACAUUUAUGAGGACCUGACCAUUGCUCAAUUGAAAGGCAGCUCCAACUCUCUGUGGACCAUCAGUCCGCCCAGCAGAGCUAGCUUGAUAGAGAUGUUGAACUCUACCAAUGAUUUCUCCAUCACUGUGUCCUGGUCUGUGCAAAGAAACGCCAGCCUGGGAGCCAAGGCAGAAACAGCAUCUGGAAAAAAAACAAGGUCGCUUACAAAGAAAGACGAAAACAUAAAACAGGACCUUAUAGAUCUGUUAAAAGAUGAACGUAACAUAACAGAAGUGACACUAACAAAUGUUUUCCCUCGCUAUGUUCGAGCACCCAGCGAUAUGGAGUCCAAACCCGUUGAAAGCCUUUACAGAGAAACGGACGGUCACCCAGAAUAUUAUGACAUUAAGGUGAAAUUGAAGAGAGCUAAUGACGGCAAUGAUAAAGAAUGGUGGAUCGUCCAUCAGACAGAGCCCAGCAAGACCAAUCUAACCAAUCUAAAGUCUGCAGGCCUGGAACUGUUCGUAUUCAGCGACCAAGUCAGCCCGCCCAGUUUGGGCUUUCUAGCUGGAUAUGGUAUCAUGGGCCUGUACGCCUCUGUGGUUUUGGUCAUCGGCAAGUUUGUGCGCGAGUUCUUCAGUGGCAUUUCCCACACCAUCAUGUUCGAGGAGCUGCCCAACGUGGACCGCAUCCUCAAGCUGUGCACCGAUAUCUUCCUGGUGCGAGAGACGGGGGAGCUGGACCUGGAGGAGGACAUGUACUCUAAACUCAUCUUCCUUUACCGCUCGCCAGAGACUAUGAUCAAGUGGACUCGGGAGAAAACUCAGUGAGGGAAACUUUAAUGAAUGAAGUUGAAUCAGAUCUUUUCAGAGACACUGGAUAGUCGCUCUGUUGGUGUGAGCAGCUAUUUUAGCCUCCAAAGCAAAUGAAGGCCAACUUUAUCCUCGUCAGCUGAGCUCGGGCGGCAGUGAUACAGUGUUAGCUCCAAAGGGAAACACCUUUUUAUUUGGACUUAUAAACUGGGGUAUUUUUUACUCAUUAAUGACAACCUUGACUGUCACAAUUAAUAAAUUUGAGCACAGAUUUCCAGGUGCUGUAUUUAUCUUGCAAAGGUUUUGCCUCCAGUGGAUAAAAUAAGCAGGCGGUUUUCAGUUCGAGGUGUUUAGGCGCAAUUUUCCUGAAAUUAAAAGACAAAAAGUCCCUAAUUUCUCUUCACAUCUGUCCCUAAUAUUUUCAAAAUCGCAUGGUAGGUGGAGAGAAACAGUAACUGGCUGCAGCAUUACUCUUUAAGGGCUUCCCACUGACAAAUAAGUGGACAACAACGACCACACAAGCACAAUCACAUAUUUUUCCAACUGGAAGGUUUGGAUUUUGGGACUGUGCAAUGCUGAGCUGCCGUUCCUAUAAGAUUUUUAAGAAUGUGGAGCAAGGGAAAUUUGACUUUCAGACAUCACGAUUACUUUUUUUUGUUUUUUUUAAAGAAAUGUCAGAGGCCACUCUGGAAACAAAAUGCAAAACAAAAGAUUACCAGACAAUCUUUACUCGCCUUAUUUUGUUUGUAUGAGAAGAACUGAGACUCUUACGAACUACAUACCUUUCUCAGGAAGAGCUGUUUUCACAGAUAAUCAUUGUAUGUUACGGUAAUAUGUAGGCUUUUGUGGAUCUUAAAAAACAUGAUAUUGUAGAAAAGAUGAGAACUAUUUAAAUGGCAUGAAAUAAAAUGUGGAAACUGUUCGGAGUUUUACUGCACAGUGACACGGUUAAAAGCUGUAUUAAAGAAGGACUUUUUUCCUGCAGAGAUUGACAUUUUUUUGUCAUUCAUCAACAUUUUGAAUCAUCUGCAAGCCGGUUUGAGUCGAGAGCAGCAGAGGUCUGGUUUUCUACAUCAGGGUAAUGUGCUUCGGGCGGUAGACUCUUUGACUUGUGGACCUCGCUGGCACCCACAGCUGUGCAUCCAGUCAUCAAAGAAGAAACACACAAAGGGCUGAGACUUGGAGCCCUUUGGUCCAAACUAUGCAUUAGAGGACAUUUAGCAUGAGUGAAAACCUUAAUUAUUGCCAUGACUAAUUUGCAAUACUUGUACAUAGGGGUUACAUUAAAGGGAAAGGUCGCAGGGGAAUGAAAUGUGAAAAUUGAACUUGUAUGUUAAGGCAAUGUCCAAAAAUCUUCAAAUAAAACAUGUGGAAAGGUG